AUGUCUCAUUUGGCCGCCGUUCAACCCGAGCCCAAAGCUCUGCUAGAAGUUCAAAACGUCGAAACCCCACAACUCGGCCCUGACGAGCUCCUAAUCAAGAACGAGCUGAUCGCACUCGUUCCAAUCGACGCGAAGCAGACCAAGCUCGCCCUCUUUCCUUCCCAAUACCCCGCCAUCCCCGGAACCAGCUACGGAGGCACGGUCGCGGCUGUCGGCAGCGAUGUGACCAGCUUCAAAGUCGGCGACAAGGUCGCAGCGACCAAGACCGGCGGCGUCUCGGGACUCAAAUACGGCGUCUUUCAAGAAUACGUCGUCUCCCGCGAGGCGACGGUGAGCAAGAUCCCGGCGAGUGUCGACCUCCACAUCCCCGUCGGCCUGAUUGGCAACUUCCCCACCGUCGUCGGACUGUUCAACGAGCACCUCGGUCUCGAGAGGCCCGACCCUUUCGGCCAAGCCUCGUUGAGCGGCAAGAAGAUUCUGGUCUACGGCGGGACUUCCAGCUUCGGUAGCUUCGCGACCCAGUACCUCACACAGGCCGGGUACCAAGUCGUCACGACGACUUCCCCGCCGCACAAGGACCUAGUUGCGAAGCUGGGUGCCGUCCACGUGGUCGAUCAUACCCAACCUCAAGAUGCGAUUGUGAAAGAACUUGUUUCGCAGGGGCCCUACGACUACGUCGUGGACUCAAUCUCUCUGAAACCAACAUUCGACGUUGUUCCUCAGGCUGUCGCGGCACAGGGGGGCGGAAAGAUACACGCGUUGCUGCCGCCUGCCGACGCUUCGAGCAUUCCCGAGGGCGUGAGUGUGGAGUUUGCCCCAUGGAGCCAGCCGCUUAGCAAGAAGGAGAACGCGGAAUUGCUCAAGUGGGCUUACGGAACCUACUUCUCACAGGCCAUAGCCAAUGACAAGAUCGUAGCAUUGCCAUCACAAAAGAUUGAUGGUGGACUCAGGGGACUAAAUAAAGCGGUUGAUGUGCUCUUCAAAGGAGUCAGUGGUACCAAGGUUGUCGUCGAACUCUGA